CCUGAGAGCGCAGGAGGACGCAGAAGAAGAAAAUGUAGCGACUGGAGGAGGAAGUGUUGUUUUUGAUAAACAAAGGCUCGAGAUCAGAAGACAAACAGCGUCAACACGUCAUCAAACCUGACGAAGACAAAGUAAAUGCUUUAACCGGACGAGGAGGAAGUUGUAUUGUUCGCCCACAGCUGAACAUGUCCGCUGACAGCAGCGCGGCGCAGUGUUCGGCUGACCGCGGCUGUAAAGAUGGAGACCAGCCGCUGGCUUUGUGUGAAGGGGGAUUUAAACCGGUGCCGGGGGUCACCACGGCCCCCUCCUCCUCCUCCUCCUCGUCCGCCAGGUUCCUGCAGGUGGAGCUGGAGCUGAACACCCACCUCCGGCGGCUGAGCUUCAGCGAGCCGGUCAGGUACAUCUACAACCCGCUGGAGUACGCCUGGGACACGCACCGCUGCUACGUGGAGAAGUUCUGUCAGCCCGGCCAGAGGGUGCUGUUCCUGGGCAUGAACCCGGGACCCUUCGGCAUGGCGCAGACUGGGGUCCCCUUCGGUGAAGUGAAGACAGUGGUUGAAUGGCUGAAGAUUGAAGGCGAGGUUGGUCGCCCUCAUGACGAGCAUCCGAAGCGACGGAUCACGGGUCUGGCCUGUACCCAGAGGGAAGUGAGUGGAGCACGUUUCUGGGGCUUAUUCAGAAAGCUGUGCGGUGAACCUGGGCUCUUCUUUCGUCACUGCUUUGUGCACAACCUUUGCCCGCUGAUUUUCUUAAGCGCCAGCGGGAAGAACCUGACUCCCCCUGAGCUUCCUGCCGCUGAGCGGGAGGCCCUCCUCGCCCUGUGUGACAUAGCACUGUGCCAGGUGGUGGAGGCGCUGGGUGUCUCCAUGGUGAUCGGGGUUGGAAGGGUAGCAGAGCAGCGGGCGCGGCGAGCUCUCUCUGCUGCAGGUGUCACUGUGCGGGUCGAGGGGAUCAUGCAUCCGUCCCCUAGGAACCCACUCGCUAAUAAAGGCUGGGAGGAUGUAGCCAGAGCCAAACUGGCCGAACUGGGUUUGUUAUCGCUGCUGGACAACACGUAACUAUUCAGACCCAAGUUCAGGCUCAGUUUGUUUGUCUGUGAGUGAUCGAACAUUUCAGCUUCACUGACGAUGGCAACAAACAGCUCCACUAAGAGCUCAUGGGACACUAAUAACUAAUGCUGUAAACACAUCAGCAAACAUCUGUUCAUCUUUAGGUGGUUUUAUUUAUAGAAGCAAGGAUUGAUCAUGGCUCCAUGUUCUUUUCUUUCUACUUUCUACACUAACGUAACUAUACGGUGCUUUAUAUCAUUUUUACAUAUAAGGAAAAACUCAGGGGUCUCUAUUGUAUAAGUUUCUGUCAAAGAAGCCUUUGAUUACAUUUGUUAAAACUGUAUUUUAAUGAAUUGUCCCAUACUAAAAAUGAGUAUGUGCGUGUGUUCAAUACACAAUAUACAUGUCCAGAUAUGUAUUAGCCUGACUGGAUUGGUUUAGAAAAAGCCUACAAAAUACUUGUAAACAUUGUUUAUGUUAAAAUACUGCAGAUAACUUUUUUGUUGUGUCAUUUAUUAGGGCCCGAGCACCGAAUGGUGAGAGGCCCUAUUGAAUCUGUAAGGAUUUUUAUUUUUAUAAAGUAUUUUAUUCUUUCUUACACUUUUUAAAUACUUUGUUUAUGUACAUUCCACUAAUCCUUGACCCUCUGAAUGUCCUUUUAAAUUAAAUACAGAAUAAUGAAAUACAAUUGUUUGUCAUGGUUGUUUACCUCUGGUGCUCCAUCGAUGCAGGCUGACUGAAAACACAGGCUGAUAUUUAACAGUUGCUAAUAUGAUCCCAUUCAGCAAGUUGAUGAAUCAUGCUAAGUGUUAGCAUGCUUAGUGAAAGUUUAAGUGUUGGACAUGUGCAUUAUUUUCAGUCAUAGUAGAAAAGCUUUUUAUAACCAUGAAUGUAAUAAAAUGAUGGCUGACUUAAA